AGAGUUCCCUGCGGUGAAGCCACUCCCAGCUGUUCAAUGGCAGCGGCGGUGAACUUUACCCAGCGUGUUUUUUUUUAUUUCUGUUGGCCCCAGAGGAGUGGCUUUAUGACAACUUUCCACAUCCCUCCGCAGCUCGCCGACCUGCAGGACAUGAUCAUGGGGAGCACCCUGGCCAAAUGUGCCGCCACAGACCUGGGGAUCCAGUGGGCCGGCUGGGCUUUAGCGUCCGCCCUCAAAACCGAGAAGUUUUAUGAUCUGGCAGGUAAUGUGGAGAAAACUGACGAUCGCAGGGUAACAUCUACUCCUAGGAUGAUGAUUUGCGACCAUGUGCAGACUGGUUUUUGCAGCCGGACUUGUUAUUCCGAUGGAUUAUAAAUGUGGAGAUUAUUUAACCUGGAAGCGACUGACAACUUUACAACAAGCUCCUCAAGCGUAAAUCAGCUAUUAAGUCAUUUAAGUUUAAAACAAGGCAUUUUAAGAUAUAUUUAAACACUGAACUGUCACCUUUAAGUUAUAAAACCUCUUAUCUAAAGCAGCUAUGUUGUGAAACAGUCAAGAAAGCUCCUCCUUCAUCUUAAAGCGGCGCAUUGAUCCGAUCAGCUUAACCCGAUGAUCUGCUGUCAGCAGGGGCGCACUGAGGGAAUCCUGGGACCCUAAAGAGGGGGGUGUGGGCCCAAUUUUUUAAUUCAUUUUCCCUGCAAUUAAUUUGAGAAACCUGUUUAUAUUUUGAGAUAUGCGUUAAAACUCCCUGAAGAAGAGUUGUAGCAGCUGUGCAGCCUUACUCAUGCAAUUUAAAUAGCUUUUAAUGAUACCAUAAUUUCCCGGGGUAAUGCAGUUAAUGGGUUGAUUGCUUGUCAGAAGAUAGAAAUGAAGAUUAGUUAAGGUUAUUUAUGACGCACAGUUUCUUAAAUCCACUUUAUUACUUGUGAAUUCCUGGUUUUCUUUGUCGUAUGUGAAAAUAAGAUAGAGUUAGCAUUAAAAUAAGCAGGAUGUCGUCUUGGAAGAGGCGGCACCCUUCAGUUAUUCUCAAAAUUUCAAUGACUCACUUUGCAGAUCGACAAGUAUAUCAAUAAUUAUAAUUAUAACUACCAUGAACUUGAAUUAAAGCUCUUGUAUCAGUGAUUUUACUCAAACUGAACAAAGUUUUAGCAAGAUGAUUGACACCUGUGAUCAUUUUUUGUUCAGAGGAAGUUUACUCAGAGUGCACGACAAGCAAUAAAGCACAGAGAUCUGCAAAGUCAUUCAAGGAGCUUCACUACAGCCAACAAUCAAAAUAAUGGAGUGUAGAGUCGUGCAGCUUACCUGUGACUGCAACCAGUGACUGAUUUCUACCCGAUCCAGCCAAUGAAUCACCUUGACACUUCUCUUACACUCGUCCUCGUCCUCUCCUUGUGCCUUUUCCCUGCGCGCUCGGCUCCUAGAUAUUUUACCCUUGAACUUUGGAACCAAUAGUCUGCAGGAUCCUGGGUAAAAGAUUUAUUGAACACGCCUUACGUACUCCACUGGGCUGGCCAACAUACCCAUAUUCCAAUCACCUUUAGUCUCUCACUCUUUUUUUAACCUGCAGGAUCUGGCACUUUUAUACUGCUUGCCCACCUGAGUCGUAUCUGGGGAGGAGCCAGUCACAUCCGUCAGAUGGUGCAGACUGGGUGUGUGACGGCAUGGGGACUCAGGUGAGCCCUACUGAUAAGAACUUUGAAGUUAAACCUGCGCUGUUCAAUAAACUCCUCCUGGUUGUAUUCCUUUACAUCUAGUUUCAUGGUCUGUCUUGACCUUUUUUUGACCUUCUUCCUGAGGUCAAAAAAUGGACUAAUGAAUGUGAAACCUUGACAACAGGUUAAUGAAUAAUGCCUGAGUUAAUGAGAACAGGUGUUAACCAUGUUCUCUCCACAGGCUGGGGACAUUCCUCUUCUUGCGGAUCUUGAAGGACGGUCAUGAUCGCAGGUUCAACGGUGUCAGAGACAGCCCAGGGACGUUUUUUGUGUACUGGACCAUUCAAGGUACUCUCGAGCACCUGAGAGCCUUCCCCUUAUUGCAGCAGUCCAUGACCAACUCUGCAGGGCAGCCAUGAAUAAAUAAUUUUGUUUCUCUGUGCAUAUGCAUUUCUCCAAGCGUUGGUUUAAUAAAGGUUGUUGGAGGUAUUAUUGCAAACACAGUUGAGUAAAAAUAAAUUGCCAUUUCCUGUUUUUUUUUGCAGCUUUGUGGGUAUUUGCGACCCUCCUGCCCACCCUCAUGCUCAACAGCGAGAAGCGAGACGUGCCUCUGGGAACGAGGGACUACAUCGGCUGGACUGUGUGGGGCAUUGGCUUUGCUACUGAGGCGAUCGCAGACCAACAGAAAUGGCUUUUCAAGCGUGAUCCAGAUAACGCUGUAAGUCAUAUUAUGGUAACAGAGGUAACCAUGGUGAUAUAGGGAAGUUUGGUGUGCAUUAACAAACCCUCAACCUGAGGAAAUCAGACCAUCUUGCAUCACCAUUUUCCUACAAGAGGGCAGAACAGACAAACUAGUAACAUCAAGUUUACACAGCUAAAUCUUCCCAUUUCUGCACACUGCAUCUUUAGGAUCUUACGCUUAUCAUUCAUACUCUUUUAAACAUAAAGUUAGUAGCAGCUCUUCUAACACCAGAUUUAGGUUAUAGGAAAAGAAAACAGCUCUUUUAAGUUCAACACAACCUCUGAAUGAAGCAGGGAGAGUUAGAUGUAAGGACUUCGGUUUUUAAGACACCUAAACUCUGUUGUAAUGUUCAGCUCUCUUUGUUUCUCCAGGGAAAGUUCAUUCAGAGUGGACUGUGGGCCUACAGCAGACACCCUAAUUACUUCGGGGAGAUCUUGCAGUGGUCCGGUCUCUGGCUGUCUGCCUCCUCAGUAAUGAAGGGUCCACAGUACCUGAGCGUGGCGUCGCCUCUCUUUGUCUGGUUCUUGCUACGCCACGUCAGCGGCAUCCCCAUCCUGGAGAAACAGGCCAUGAAGAAGUGGGGGUCUGAACCGGCCUUCCAGGACUACAUAAAAAACACUCCAAUGCUCUGGCCGUGGCCCAAAUUCUGAUGUUUUCUAUUUGUUUUUCAUAAUUUCCUCUUUUGUUGUACCAAUAAAUGCCUCACAAACAGAUUUGUUCUUAUUCAGUCAAACAAAACUUCAGUUUAUCUUAACAACUCUUUAAACAUAACUACCUUUUCAUGGCUGUAAACUGCCUCAAUAAUGGUCUCUCAUCCUGCCCUUUUCACAAUGUUGACUCUUCCCUCCGAGCAGAGCUACAUUCAGUCACGACUAAUUGAUUAGUCCACAAAAUGUCAAGCACUCAUUGCCAUUUCCAGAGCAUGUAGUAGCAUCUCCAACAGUACAGAGACAAUGUCAGAUUGUUUGAAAAAUUGUAGAUGUGACUUAUCAAAAUGUCAAAUAACUUCUUUAGGUGACCCAACAGUUAAGUCAGUCAGUGUAGCUUUAUCUCUAUUAGUGUUUCACUCCAACUCUGAAUGUGAACCAGCAGAUCAGCCGUCACUUUUGUCUUUGAGUAACCUUUGCUAGAGCUUCAGUUAUUCCUCAGCAUGAAGACUGGGGGAAAGUGGGAUUGAUUUUCCAGGGCCCCAGUGGAAGAAGGAGGCCGUCAAUAGACCUGAGAUAAAAACUUGCAAUGGCUAACACUGUUGAAUACCUGCAGGGGUCUUCCCUUGUGGAGCUAUUAAACAUUACAAGAUAAAAA